GCUGACAGGUCUUAAAUUCAAGAUGGCGGAAGGAGAGCAACAUAUUCACGGGAAGGAUGAAGCUUUCAGCCCUUUCUCCAUCAUGGCUAACAACAGCAUCAUUGACUUCUGUCGGACAUCAUUAGCAUCCAUGGCAGGCAUCUCUGCUGGCAUUCUUGGUCUGACAGCUCUGAAAGGCUUCAUCUUUUACUUUAUAGCUUCCCUCUUUAUGUCUAUUCUAAUCUGUUUAAAGGCUGGUACACAGUGGAGAAAAUUUUUCAUUUCUUGGUGGGAUCUGAGCACCUCUGGAAUCUUUGGAGGAGUAUUUACAUAUUUACUAUUUUGGACGUUUUUGUAUGGAAUGGUUCAUGUAUACUAGGUACUCAGUCCGCUGACGAAAUUACUGUCAACAUUUGGAAGAUACACUCAUGAGUUUGAUCGUUCAACACGCGAAGUGUGAUGGUGAAAGGGGAAAAGUUUCUGCCCCAUACUGUGAUGUGGACCUUCUUAAGACGGAAGAAUUACCUUAUCUUUUGUGAAAUGCUCUCGGAUUCAAUCGUCGAACACUAUAAUUAAUUUCUAUCAACUGACUCUACUUUUGCCUGAGACUCAGAACUUUACCGAUGAUCUGAAGUAGGAGAGAAAUCCUGCGAAUGGUUUUUCGGGUUACUCCUAGUUUGCAAGAUGGAAGAUCACUUGUGAAAUCGAGGCUCCGCUAUCUUACAUAAAUUUGAAAGCAAUAAACUGCUUGAACUCGA